UAUCGCCCGUUUCAUCCAUCAAUUUCUCUGUUCUCGUCACUGCCCGAGUUAAGUUGAGUCUCUCAGCUGCUCCUUUAGAUCCACCAUCUGUCACUUUGAACAAUCAGAGCCUUUAUAUUUCUUUGUUCUUGGAGUUAUUCCAAAGACACUAGUCGUUCGGACUGUUCUCGUUCCCACCACUCAUAAAGCCUCAGAGUCCAUAUUCCACUGCCAUGGUUUGAUCCAAACAUGGAGGGCGAUGCAGGCGGACCUCGACGGCCAAACUUCCCUCUCCAGCUUCUCGAAAAGAAGGAAGCGAACUCGUACUCCACCUCGGGCUACGCCUCGUUCGCUAUCUCCCCCAACCCCGCUGCGGGAGGCAGCGGCCAUGAGCUCGUCGCUGAUCUCCCGAGAAAGCCGGCGCCUAAGCGGAGCUCCACCAAGGACCAGCACACCAAAGUCGAUGGCCGCGGCCGCCGCAUCAGGAUGCCCACCCUCUGCGCGGCGCGCGUGUUCCAGCUGACGCGCGAACUCGGCCACAAGUCGGACGGCCAGACCAUCGAGUGGCUCCUACAGCAGGCCGAGCCGGCUGUCAUCGCCGCCACCGGCAGUGGCACCAUCCCUGCCAAUUUCACAUCCCUCGGCAUCUCCCUACGACGCUCUGGCUCGAGCAUCUCCACUCCUCCUGACUUCAACACCACGACCACUCCACUCACUGACCAGCGCAUAUGGGACUACGUCGGCAGCUCGGACUUCUCCUCCGACUGGCGGUCGUCGUCGUCAUCAUCAUCAUCAUCAUCCGUUCUCCUAAACUUCAAUUCCGGUAGCGUUGGGCUCCACGCGUCAUCAGAUGCCAACAACGGAAACAUUACCAAGCGCUGGUGGGAAUCGGAGUUUCACCAUCAACAGCAGCAUCAGAUGGAAGAACAUAACCAGGCAAGCCACGGUCGGAUCCCAGGAACUGUGUGGAUGGUGACAAACCCUAACACACAAGGUAUGGUAGGUGGUGGGGGAAGCGAUGGCGAGCCAAUCUGGGCAUUCCCUCAGGUGGGCAGCAGCACCAUGUUUAGAGGACCUGGAUCCAGUGGGCUACAUUUCAUGAAGGCACCUACUUCCAUGGCUCUUCUGCCAAGCCGGGAGCUGGGUCUCCAUCCCGGUGGUAGUGGCGGUGGUGAGGGGCACAUAGGGAUCAUGGCAGCCCCAGACAGCACUUCUCGGCCACCGAACACCUCCCAAGCGAUGCGGUCGGGGCCACAAUAAGCACUCGGACGUCGAGCAGGCCCGGCGCGUAGAUCUCGAUCGGUCCUCCAACCUUGCAUGCAUUCAUGUCUUACGUUUGUCUCCUUUUCGAUCCUUUGAUUUUAAUUUCUCUCAUACAAAUGCAAGCCAUGUUCUGUGUGUGAAUUCAGGAUGACGUUUUCGUAGCUUUGUCAAUGUGCUAUAAUGCAAUCACCAUUUCUUUCUUGUUUUAUGAGUACCUUUGCUUCUUGUCCCUUAUCUUCGCUUCCAUGCGUCUGGAGACAAGUUCACUAGUUUUAUGCAGGUCUUCAGAUCUAAUGGGGAAGACGACCGAUCGCACACUAGCAGGCUCACACAGAUUGAGGAGGCAAAACUCAUUUGACCGUGAUGGAAUUGAUCCUCGAUGAUCGAUGAUGAAGAUCCUCGAGGCCGAACCACUCUUCAACGCCUUCUUUUCUGCAACAAAAUCUUUGUCGGAAGCACCUCUCGAUAGGUCCCUGCAAGAUGGAUUUAUAUAGUAGUGAGAUUUAUUGACAAGCCUUUUUUAGAUGGGGAAAUCCUAAUCCCUUCUGUUUCGAUUGCUGUCAUCGUGAGUUCGUUCCAUUGUCAUUUGUCCUCUUCUACCAAGC